CCCGUGGCCGAGGAGAAGGAGGCCUGAGAGCGACAUGUCCCCGGCGGCUGAGGCAGAGCAGCCCGCGGCGCUCCUUCACUGAGACCCGGGCGGCCUGGCGGCCGGCCGCGCACUAGGCUCGGCAGAGGCUGCCCCCGCCGUGGUGGGCGCCAUGCUGGGGUCCCGAGCGGCCGAGGGGGCCGCCGUGGCGCUCCUGCGACUGCUGCUGCUGCUCCUGCUCCCGGCGCAGCGGGAGCCGGGGCUCGGCGUGGUCCGCCUGGCGGGGGCCGGGCUGCCCGAGAGCGUCAUCUGGGCCGUCAACGCGGGCGGCGAGGCGCAUGUGGACGUGCACGGGAUCCACUUCCGCAAGGACCCUUUGGAAGGCCGGGUGGGCCGAGCCUCUGAUUAUGGCAUGAAGCUGCCAAUCCUGCGUUCCAACCCUGAGGAUCAGAUCCUGUAUCAAACAGAGCGGUACAAUGAGGAGACCUUUGGCUAUGAAGUGCCCAUCAAGGAGGAGGGGGACUACGUGCUGGUGUUGAAAUUUGCCGAGGUCUACUUUGCCCAGUCCCAGCAGAAGAUGUACCAAAGCUUCAGCCUCAUCCUGGACUGGAGAAGAAAGAAGAGGAGGAGGAAGAAGAAGAAUAUGAUGAGGGGUCGAAUCUUAAAAGACAGACCAAUAAGAACCGUGUGCAGUCAGGCCCUCGCACACCCAACCCCUAUGCCUCGGACAACAGCAGCCUCAUGUUUCCCAUCCUGGUGGCCUUUGGAGUCUUCAUUCCAACCCUCUUCUGCCUCUGCCGGUUGUGAGAACAGAUUACCAUCCCAAACAGGGUGGCCGGGCAUGGGAGAGAAACCAAACAUGGUGAAAUUGGUUUCUGUAUUUUUCACAGUGAUUAACAAAGCAGACAGACAACACACACACACACACACACACAAAUUAAAGGAGAUAAAAAGAGGCAGAGUAGAGAGUAACCCUCAUCUACCACCUGGUCCCAGACCUGCAUCAGUCCUAAUCCUCUCUUUGUGACUUGCUCCCAACCGUCCCUUUCUUCUCUAGGGUACUUGGGGUAAGCUGGAUCCUACCUGUUCAAGGAUUCUCAUCUGUGUACCUAGUGGAAAGGACUCUUAACUCAGAGCAGACACAGUUCCUUUUUUUUUUUUUUUAAGGUUAGAAAUCAACAGCAGGAGAAUGUCAUCUUAUUACUUAGAGGACCACUGCUGGGAAUUGGAUAUGUUCUGAAGUUAUGUUCAGAUAAAUUUUCAUAUGUCCUGGGAUUGAGUGUGUGUGUAAAUAUAUGAUUUGUAUGAUAAAGACAAAAACGGAAGAGGAGUUUUAAAAAAGGAAAGGGAAAUAGAUACUUUCUUACUUGGAAGCCUUUCUGGUUUUUGUCCAGUGUUGAUUCCAUCUCAAGUGUUGGAGCUUUGUCAUUGCUUGUCUCCCUGACAUGUGGCAGUUAGAGGACUGUCUGGUAUCCAAGACGAUUAGCUUAGGUCAGAUCUUCAGGUUGCCUCUGACUUGUUACCGCAACAAAUCAUUUUGAUUUCAGUGCCUGUUGGGGACUUGAUUUCCUCUCAUUUACUCGGACUCAUUUGAAAUCUCUCCUCUUCUCUCCACCGUUCUUCUAAGUUAUUGCCAAGAAGGGAAGGAGACCAUGGGGAUUUUGAGUUUCCUCUGCUUGAAUGUCUUAUCCUCUACCACUUCACAUUGUUGGUACUCCGUCCCUGGAUCUCUGAGCCAGCCACCAGGAGGAUAUGCCCCCGCAGUUCUUAUACUGGCCCCUUUGUAGGGUCUCGCUGCCAGGGGACAGUGAUGCUUUCCAGCCUGCAGGCAGCAGAACACUUGACCUUAACAGUCUCUUCUGGUCUUUGGAUUAGGAAAGGCUUAAGUUAGCUUAAUUUAAGAGCAACCUCAGAGACUUGAGCCCUUCUAAGUGAGUGACCACUGUUUAGAGUUCAUUUCUUUCUAUGCCUGUCACAGUUCACACAGUUUUGGUUUAUGUCCAGAGCUGCCCAAAGGAACUAGACAGACUUCCUCUAGCUGGUCAGGUGAUACGUCUCACAGGUUUUAAUAGUAUGCCCUUGUGGUCUUUUAUUUUCCUAUUCCAGUGGUAUUUGAGUUCUUGGGGUGAUAGGACUGAAGGAUUUCCCGUCAGCGUCAGCAACAGGCCUGGCAGUUCUGAAACCAACCUUAGCAUCUAAGUGGCUACAUUGAAUCCCUUGGGAAAAGUUCUGCAGGAAAUAAAGCUUCCCUGUCCCCACUCCUUUCUGGUCACUGUCAUCCAUGUAGGACAGCUAUGAGGGAGGACUCAGACAAGCUAUAAAGAAUUUUGUGACUAGAAGACAGCAGGAUUAGCUUUUACUUGCGCUAAACAGUAGUUUAGAUCUUUUUUUUUCCAAACGUGUUCAAUUUUGGUUUGUCUUUUUGGAUCUAUUUCUUAAGAGUUCUAGACCUUUGCUUUUUAUGUAGGCCUUGGACUCAAAUGUCUUGGGUGUUGACUUUCAAUGCGUUUCUUCAGAUCACCAUUUGAGUUGCAGCCCUCUGUUGUAGCUGGAACCAGGCUCUCAGUACUUGAGUGCUGAGUUAGGCACCUGAACAGCUGUGGCCUGAGGCUCAAGCAGAGAAUGCUCCCUGAGUUCUUCACAGUGCUCCCCCCAUUUUAAAGAAUGACUUCCUGUAGCCUUAGUUUUGGGGACCACCUGCAAAGGGCACCCGACACCCUGUCAAUUGGGCUUCUGCCAGCGGCUCUGGUUUCAUCCUGCCACGACCCCCCCAAAGGUCUCUGGCAACAGAGUGGACGAGAAAGGAGGACUCAGUGCCUCCGUGUUGCCUUGCUCGUUUGCCUGGUCCCUGCUGCCGCGCCUCAGUCCGUCCUCUCGGUGGCUCGGGGCUGUUUCCUAACGGUACUGUAACCCAAGCAGCUGCGCCUCCGCCUGUUUCUGCGCCUGCCCUUUCCCCGAGCUCAGGGUUGGGUGGGCACUUUCCUCCUCGCUUGUGUCUGAAAGAAAGGAACAUCUUAUUCCAAGGCUUACAAAAACAAAGGGCAAAGUCAAGAAACAGGAAGAGGUAUGGUGGGGGCUGGAAUAGAGUCAUCUAGAGCCAAACCCUCCCAGGGCUGGUCACUGCUGGCUCCUGAUGCUAAACUUGAAAGUUUUUUUUUUUUUUUCGUUUAUUUUUUUCCCUCUUACAAGGUGAUAUAGGUACAUGAAGUUUAGGUUUAAAGGGUGGGAUGGGGCACUUUUUAUUUUUGUAUUGUGUGUGUGUGAGAAAAAAAAAAAUCUUGUUUAUCCUUUGCUUUUUGCACUGUUUGUUGCUCUCUCUGUUCUCUGAGCUAGUGCUAGGAUUGAGGUUCUGCUGCUGGAAGUCUGACCGGGGUUGGGAAGGGGAUGAGUGGCGGCAGCAAGGGACGGGGAAGGAGGAGGUGCUUGUUUCUCCUACUGGAUCCACGUUCUGCCCAAGGUGUUUAGAUCCCCCUGAGCCCAGCUAGCCAAAUCCAAGAGCAGGUGGCCAACGUUGAAACUCUCUUGCCAGAGGUGUGACCAGUUGAAAUUUCGGGACAGACCUUGCAGAGAUGGCUGCUAAGAUUGGGCUGAGCCUGUAGGGUCGCCUGAUUGAGAACGAGGGUCUGAACCUACCAUUUUGGGGGCAUCGCUCGUGCUGAUCAAAACAACGUGCCAGGAAACAUGUCUCCUGAACCAGAUCCAUUUUUCUGAAAAAAUCCCUACUAGUGAAUAGAAGCUGCACUGCUCAGUGGGUAGUGCUCAGUGGGUAGCCUGGAGCUGUGGUGGCUGAAAGCUGGUUCUCUUCAAGUGUCGAUGGUAUUAGAUUCUCCCGAGGGUGGAGGAACCAGCAGGGGCACCUAUUGGUCAAAGUGGGGGAUCACUUUAAAGGUCACUAACUAGGCUUUGAAGAGCUGGCAUAAAGGUUGAGUUAGAUUUGCCUCUCCUCUCUGUGCUUGGGAACAGUGUACUCCAGUUUCCGAAUUGUGGUUUGACUUCGUUAUCUUCUGUGGAGAAGCUUCUGUUUUAAGGAAUUUCUCUCCCUUCUUCUAUCCCGCCUCUCUCUACUUUUCGCCCGAGAAGGCCCCGACCGUGACUUCUGGAAUCUCAGUUGAACUUUCAGAAACAGCAGCAGUAUUUCCCCCUUCCUAGCACUUAGAUUCCUUUUCCUAAAAACUGGCUCGCCUCGGGAAGCCCAGGGAAAGAAUCCGCAGGUUCGCCUGCCCCCGGGGGUUGGGAAGAACUCCGCUCGGUCAGCACAGUGCCUUCGCUCUCCUGCUCUGAGCCAGGCUGGGCAUUCCCAGUAGAUUCAGGUCUGGGCAGGGGGCUCACAGUCCUCCCUUGGGACUGCUUCCUAUCCCUUCCCCGUCCCCUUUGUUGGCCGGCUCUGUCUAAGUGUCUUCUGCCUCACGGGGCCUCUGAUGGCAUCCGGAGGCAACAUGUAGUUAUUUCCUCCCCGCCUCUCCGAAAGACCUAGGAGGUGAGCUUUCCAAAUCAAGAGACUAGUAAAUGCUCCUGUUUAAAGGGGGUGGGGGGGGCGCGGGAAGAAUCGAGGUGGGGAGGGAGGGAAGGACAAUUUUGGGCCUCCUGCUGUGACCCUGAGGAAGGAGCCUGGGGUGAGGCCGAAUGAUUAUGUACUGAAACAGGACCAGAAACACCCAGAAUCUGUUCAGAAAUCUCCGAAGAAAUCUGCUUCUCUUUUAUGGAAAGAUAUAAUUAGGGAUCAAAGAGCUCUAAGAAAAUUGCAAGGAAGCCUUAAUGUUCCAGCUUCUGAGAGAUCAGAGUAAUUUCUCCCUUUUAGUCCCAGAGAGGACUCUUUUGUGUGAGACCUCUCCUGGGACAAGAGGGCUAGAUUUCCUCAUUUUGUUACAAUGCUAGAAUGGCACCAGUGGGUCAACUGCCCGGGGAGGGUGGGCUUUGUCUCUGGGCACGGUGGCCGGCUGCCCAUCGGCUUUGUCCUUCCCCAGCUGCCUUUUGGCUAGCCUUUUUUUAGGUGCCAGUUCACUUGGAUAAGAGAAGAUAAUUUGGGGAUUGGUUGGGUUGGCAGGAAAAGAGCAGGAUGGGUCUCUGGGGACAGGUUCCUCCCCACCCCCGCCCCCCAAGUAUAAGAACAAGGAGCCAGGAUUGUGCUGGCAGCCAGGGAAACAGUAGUGCCUGCUAGAGUUGGCAGAGAGGGCCUUGGCACCUCUCGCAUCCAGGCAGACUUGUGCGAUGGGGGGCACAUAGCACCAGGCAAAGCAGAACUCUGUUCUCACCUCUAUUUUGAGCUUCAGUGCUUUAUGACAGUACGAGGAAAAACAACAACAAACUGAAGUGCGCUUUCCGUCCUUUCAAAGGACAACUGUCGGCAGAGGAGAGCUGAGUUUGCCAGGUGGGAGGAGAGAAUUGGCAGGGAGAGACGUUGUGGCAAAACCAGGAGUGAGAGACAUUCUUGACUAGGAGGCUUUCUGCCCUGCUCUGUCCUGAUCCAGGGAAUGAAGAGAAAUUGGACCCUGGAUCAGAUCACUCUGAUUUCCUCCCAGGCUAGCACCAUUGGGAGCCGAGGGCAGCCUCUUCAUUGGCCUAAUCUGACUUGUCAAGAAACCAAGACUGCCCCCCCCCCCACAUCGGGCCUGGCUGUUCUGUUCUGGACCAAAUACUGGAGAGUAGCGUCAGGUGCUUGCGACUCCCACGCUAGAUUCCCCGUCUUCUGCCUGCGGAGGCCAAUUGAACUCUGUAACCACAACAGCAGCACAGUGAGGUGUAACUGAGGAGCUUGGACCUAGCUGGCCCGGUGAAGCAGUAGGGGUGGAUAGAGCUGUCUUUCCUUCUGGGCUGUCUCCAUCUGUCCCUACCCCUUCCACGCCCCCACCCCUCUUCCCACCAAAACGUUUAAAAAACAAAAAAAAAAUCAGGAUGUUUUUCACUGUCCAUUGCUUUGUGUUUUAAUAAACAAUUUGCAGUGACACUCGGUGUUGGGAUUGAGUUUGAACUUGAUUGCAAAGCAGCGAAGUGAUGGGGCAGCAAAAGGGAGGCCUCGGUGUGUGUUUAUCUUGAACGCGGUCCCCCUUUGAGAAAGCUAGGCGCUGCUAUUCAUGUAGCCUCAUAUCUCCUGCUUUUCUUUCCACUGGGAUAUUUGUUUGAUGAAGUUCUGUAAUACCCCUGCCUGGCCCUCUGAGCCUGCAGAUCAUUCAAGGAAAAAUAAACAGUUUCUUUUGUUUGUUUCCA